AUGAUGCAUUGCUUGUACGGCUACUUCUUCUUGGGGAUCAAGAAAAGCCACUUGGCCGUGAUCUAUCGCAAAGACGAGAAGAUCAUCGCCAACUGGGUUCAACGCUACAACGACACUGAAACCUACAGUCGGAAGAAUGCACCCCAAACACGAACAUUUAAGCAGUACCAGAAGGACUGGCUCAUCGCGUACUACCAAGGACUGUCGUUUCUAGACGAGGCCAAGAAGGCAUUCCUUCGCAAGUCUAUCGUCCAUCAACACUUCCCAUGUUUCGACGAUCCUCCACGAGUACAGAAUGACAUGGAAAGUGAUGGAGCGACGAGCAAUGCCAAACCAAUCAGUAAGACGUAUGCCGGUUCGUGA